AAUUAGGUUUUGGUUUUAUGACAAAGAUUGAUACACAAAAAAAAAAAGAAAAGAAAAGUGAAUGAGAUUUUUGAUUCAUUCCCCCAUGAAUGAAUAGUAAACCCUACCAAUAUAUAUAGAGCUACGUGGUGGUUCGUUUUUUUCAUCACUGACAAGCUGUCCACUUCGUUCUAAAAUGGAUUCCGUGUUCAGUAGAAUAGUUUUUCGCCAUCUUCUUCUUAUAACCUUACUGGCUAUGAAGCCGUUUGUAAUAUCUGCAAGGCAUUGGUCCAAAGAGAAACCAUAUUCAAACUUAGAGCAAAUGGAAGAUCUAAUCAACGAUUUGCCAGGUCAACCUAGGGUUAACUUCCAGCACUUUGCUGGUUAUGUGACGGUUAAUGAAGAACAUGGAAGAUCCCUCUUCUACUGGUUUUAUGAAGCUUCAAAUCUUCCCCAUGAAAAACCUUUAGUCCUCUGGCUCAAUGGCGGUCCUGGAUGCUCUUCUGUUGGAUAUGGAGCAACACAAGAGAUUGGACCAUUUUUGGUAGACAAAGGAGGGAAAUCUUUAAAAUAUAAUCCUUACGCAUGGAACUCAGAAGCCAACAUGUUGUUUCUGGAAUCUCCAAUUGGUGUUGGCUAUUCAUAUACAAAUACAAGUACUGAUUAUGAAAAACUUGGAGAUGAUUUUACAGCAAAAGAUGCUCAUGCUUUCUUGCUCAAGUGGUUCCUCAAGUUCCCAUUGUAUCGAAAUCGAACCUUCUUCAUAGCAGGGGAGAGUUACGCUGGGAAGUAUGUACCUGAGCUGGCUGAGCUAAUACAUGACAAAAAUGAAGAUCCUUCCCUUUCCAUUAAUCUCAAGGGCAUACUGCUAGGUAAUCCGGAAACAAGCGAUGCCGAAGAUUGGAAAGGGCUGGUGGAUUAUGCUUGGAGCCAUGCAGUGGUAUCAGAUGAAACACACAAAACAAUCAAGGAAACCUGUGAUUUCUACAGUAAUGAUACAUGGAGUAAUGAAGAUUGUAGCCAGGCAGUUGAUGAGGUUCUGAAACAGUACAAGGAGAUUGACAUCUACAGUCUCUAUACCUCUGUUUGUAUUGACAAUUCAACCGUCGAUUCUGAAACCAAAGCAUACCAAAUCAUGUUCAAGAGUCCUUCCAAGAUGAUGCCAAGGAUCAUGGGAGGAUAUGAUCCCUGCCUAGAUGACUAUGCAAGAUAUUACUACAACAGAGCAGAUGUCCAGAAAGCCCUCCAUGUUACUGAUGGUCACCAAAUCAGGAACUGGAGUAUUUGCAACAUGACAGUGUUCAAUGGAUGGUAUGAUUCAAAGGAAUCGAUGCUCCCAAUAUACAAGAAACUCAUUGCUGCAGGACUUCGUAUCUGGGUAUACAGUGGAGACACUGAUGGAAGAGUGCCAGUGUUGUCCACAAGGUAUAGCUUGAGCUCCAUUGGUCUCCCCAUUACACAAGCAUGGAGGCCCUGGUACCAUCAGAAACAGGUUGGGGGUUGGCUUCAGGAAUACGAGGGACUGACAUUUGCAACAUUCAGAGGAGCUGGUCAUGCAGUCCCCAUCUUCAAACCAAGCGAAUCACUUGCGCUCUUCUCAGCUUUUCUGUCUGGUCAAUCUCUUCCCAUCCAGCGUUAAUCGAUCAGAACCAUCUUCUUGUUCUGCAGUUUUGUGAAAAUGCUACCAUAUAUGUAGUGCUAUUGGAUAUAUACUCUUCAUGAUGAUGAGAUGCUAAUUUUGUACGUCUAGUAAUUCAUUUUAUACUACUAAUAUACAUAUGUGAGCCUUCAAUAAGAGCAUUGUAAUAUCAUCAUGCCUGCAGGGAAUGACACCUUCUUGUUGGUUCGGUCCCAUCUAUGACUUAAUAAAUUUUUCUUUUUCUGUUUCGGGGGACUUUAGUCACUUUUUUCGGUACAAUUAACCUGUAGUAUUGUCCUACGUAAGUACAAAUUAUAUUCAAACUAAUUUUAUG